AUGGCGUCGGCCCGGCUGCUGCUGCUACAGGAGGAGAGGGAGGUCCGGGAGGAGGAAAUCGCUAAGGUCGACUUUUGCCUCCACAAACACUCGCUGCUCAUCGUGGUGGGGCGCAGCGGCGAGCAGGGACACGCGGCGGGACACAUCGGCAGAGACAUUGAACGAGGUCUUCGCUCCUGGGACAUAGACUUAAAAAGCUGUAAUCUAAACUUGUACCUGCAGGAGUUCUUGUCCCACCACACGGCCUCGUUCAAGGGCGCUGGUCAUAAGUGUCUGCGCCACAGCACUAAAACUUUGGACAUCCAGGUGCUCAUCAGUCCCACACAGGAGCAGGUCCACACAGAGGUGUCCUCGCUGUUGUCCCGAGACUCGGCUCAUAAACUCCUGAUUUUGGCCGGUCAGAGUUUGGAGGAAACUGGAGAUCUUCUGUUUCACCAGGGGCUGUUCUCUGCUCACCAGCUCAAACACAUCCUACAGCGACAGUUUGUUGGUCGAGAGGGCUCCUGCUCCAACCUGCACCUGACCCUGAGCUGUCCCAACAUCGGCCACUGGAGGCAGACUUUGCUGGAGCUACAGGGCCCCUACUCUCUCCACAUCAACCCUCCGGAGGUCCACCCUGCCAUGGACGCUAUGGUGGACUUCAACUCCCUCAUAUCCAACACCAUCUCCCCUCUGUCCCCCUUCGAACUGCUACCUCCCCCCUCUACCGUGGGCUUUCUCAAACUGUCCCGCCCCUGCUGUUAUGUGUUCCCAGCAGGGAGGGGGGACUGUGCCUUCUUCGCUGUAAACGGGUUCACAGUUUUGGUCAACGGAGGGUCAGAAUCGCAGGCCUGUUUUUGGAAGUUGGUGAGACACUUGGAUCGCGUGGAUGCGGUUUUGUUGACGCACAUCGGAACAGAGAACCUCCCUGGAGUCAAUGCGUUCCUCCAGAGAAAAGUGUGUGAGGUGGAGCUGAGGGCAGAUGUGAAAGAGGACUCAUCCAAGAGACUCAUCUCCCCAGAGCUCGGAGUUGUUUUCUUUAACGCCCCGGAAAGGCUGAAGCCAGAAUUACACAAUGUGGACAAUGUAAUGAAGAGCACACAGCAGGGAGCUUUAACCGUGCAACUACUGAAGAAACUAGACAUCAAACCACAGCCAAUGGUCCGCCCCAACACUGCCCCAAUUGAACCAAUGACCCUUUUCCAGAAGAUGGGAGUGGGACAAUUAGACCUGUACAUAAUCUCCCCAAGCAAAAAUAGCCAAGAAUACCAAACAUUUAUGCAAAACUGGCCUGACUCAGUAUCUUCGGCAUCCAAAUCUUUACCACUCAGCGCAUUAGCUUCAGUUUGUGCUUUGCUUGUGUGGCACCCUGCAUGCCCUCAAGAGAAAGUAGUUCGCGUUUUGUUUCCUGGUGUCACUCCACAAGCAAAAUUAAUACAAGGACUUGAAAAACUGAAAGGGUUGGCAUUUUUGCAGAAGCCUACAGUAACUACUGGAGAUUUUGAGCGACUGGGAGCAGAGAAGAAGAGCAAAAGAGCGGAUAGUCAGGAUAGUGUGAUGUCAGUUAGUAAAGAUAUAAGAAAAAUCGUCAAAACAGUCAAAGAGGAUGCAAAAGAGAAAGGAAAAGUUAUGAAUGGGGUUGAUAAGACUAAAAAGGAGCUGAAGAAAGCGCCACUGACAGAUAGAAACACUUUGAAGAAGAAAGAUGUUAAGGGAAAAGAGGACAUUAAAGACGAAAAUAGUGUGGGUGUGAAAAAGGAUUUGACUGCUCCUAAACCUAAAACAGACAAUAAAACAAAACUUAAAAAAGAUGCAAAAAAUGACUCCAAAACUACUGCAAAGAAGAAUAAAAAAACAUCUGGCAAAGAGGCAAGUGGUGGCGUAAAAAAGUUAGAAACUGAAGUCUCACAUAAAAAUUCACCAAAGCAAGAAGCUAAGAUUACCGAAGAAAAAAGAGAAAAGGUUGAAGAAACUGAGGAGCAGCCAUCUUGUUCCAAAAUUUCAACCCCAGAAGACAUGACGGAAGAGUUUCGUAAGCUAAGGGAAGAGACUGAGAGAGAGUUAGAAACAGCAAAGUUGUCAGAAAAUGGACAAAGCAAAGAUACUGAAGAUGUUAAAAAUACAAAACAAGAUAUGACAAGUCUAGUGAAAGAGGAGAGUGAAGAUAACGUUAAACCCACGAAAGUGGUUGGAUUUCCUUGUGAGCUUAAAAAUGACCCAAGUAUCCCACAAGAUUUGACCCCGACGGAGUACACUUUGUUGGAUGGGGCUUUACAACAUAGCCCUCCAGUCGUCACCCCCAAAUCUUCACCCGAAACAAAUCAGGCUCCAGUUAGUCCAGAAGAAGCUACAGUAGAGAAUGCAUCUCCAGAAUCUAGGCCCAAUAGUGCAGGACAUACCCCUUACUGUCUAUCCCCUGAUGACGUUUGGGGCAAUCGUAGUGCGCUCAGUCGAAUUCAAAUGGGGAGUAUUGAGUCUAGUGAUGGUAGUGAGGUGACAAGUUCUCCAAAAGAGCAAAGCGAAAAACCGAAAAGUAACAAAGAAAAGCAUUUGAGUUUUCUAACUUUAGGGACUUUGAAGGAAGUACCAUCUGAUCCUUCUCCAUCUUUAACUACUACGACAACUACGCACUCAAUGCCAGCAGAAGUCAGCUCUCCCCAGUCUACCGAAGUGGACGAAUCACUGUCUAUGUCUUUUGAGCAAGGUCCAAGCCAGAAAGAGGGAGAUGAAUCAGUAACGCAUCACUCAAACUCAAACGGCAGCCAUUAUGUUGGUUUGUCCUUACAGAUGAAGAAACCUCCACGAUCUUUAGGUUCAGAAAUGUCCCGCCCACCGAAUUCACUCCACUUAGAGACAUCGCCCCAUGAUGUUGACUUGUGUUUAGUUUCACCUUGCGAGUUUAAGCAUUUCAAAGCUCCGGACUCCGCCUCCAAUAGUGACCAAUCCAAGGGUGGUAGCAAUCAACAUAGCAACAACAAUAACCACAAAGAUGCCUCCCCAAGUGAAUCAAAUGCCCCAGUUGGAACAGAGGACUGCCCCUCAACAACAGCAGAUGCAGUUUUGGAUUCAGAUGAAGAAGAUUCCUGGAUAGUCCACCUUUGCCCCCCCACCCCCGAAACCACCAUGCCCAUUCCACAGUCUGAGUCAGAUGCCCAGGCAAAGAGAGCCAAAGCGGGAAGCAUCAAAGGGAAGAAGUCCGCAGUGAUUGAGGGCUUGCAGAGGUCCAGUUCAGGGAAAAAACAAAACCAAAGUGGAGCAAAAGGGUCAAAGGAGAAUCUCUCUUCUGCUCGAACCUCAUCCUCCAGCCCCAAAACCACAGCCAAAUCUUCACCCAAUCCAGUUCCAAAGCCUGCCUCCGGGGGUGAUGUGAGCGUGUAUGUGGACCUGGCUUAUAUCCCGUCUGGACCGUCCACCUCUACGGUCUCUGUGGACUUCUUCAGGUGUGUGCGCUCCUCCUGUUACAUCAUCAGCGGAGAUGCACACGAGAGGGAGGAGCUAAUGAGGCAAACGCUUGACGCUUUACUGGACGGAAAAAGCUCCUGGUCUGACGCUAUGCAGGUGACAGUGAUCCCCACCUUUGAGUCAGGCUCCAUGCAGGAGUGGUACCAGCAGACUCUGGACCGACAGAGGGACCUGAACAUCACCGUCUUGGGCUCCAACAGCACCGUGGCCAUGCAGGAUGAGACCUUCCCUGCCUGCAAGAUCGAAUUCUGAGUAGAGUGGCAUUAUACGAAAAAAGUUGAGAUUUUCGAUAACUAUUAAAUACAUUUAGGCUCUUCAGUCAAUAAAAAAUAUCAGGACAGAUUCUCACAUAUAACUUUUUUAUUAGGCUACAACCAUAGACUGUAUAUAUAAAUGGACACAUCCAUCGACUCCAAUUGGCUCUAGUUGACUUUACAUUGUAAAAUUAUCACACCUCGUCAUUUUGGUCUAAAAAUGUUUGUAUUAACCUGCUCUACAUGAUCUUGGUGCUUUUAUUUUGCUAUUUAUUUAUUUUAUUUAUGUAAAUAAAUUCCUAUUCCUAAUAUGGAACGUGGCUUCAAAUUUGCACUUGUAACUGUCUCAACCUCAUGUGACUAGAGCAUGGGUGACAUCACACUCCCUUAGUUCAAUUCUUUAUACAGUCUAUGGUUACAACACAUAAGUUAACCUUUCUCAGAGCAGGCUAAGGCUUUAUCCUGAAUCUCUUUUCCUUUUGAUGUGAUUCCUAUUAAAAACAUUGAUAUUUGGACUAUACUGAAAGUACCUGAAUGUGAAUAGACUCAACAACCUUGGCACUUCUGGACUGUGUUUGCCAAUAUAUCCUCCCACCUACACCCACUUUGUUACAGAAUGCAUCUCUAUGGGGAGAAAUCCUUAGACUUGUUGUUAUGAGAAAAACAGUGCAGUAAAAGAAGCAUGUGCAUAACAGACUUGAACAGGCAAUGUAAUAUAUAAUUAAUUUGCUUUAUCCUAUAUGCCAAUGUUAGGUUAACACAGUUGAAAAAAUGCACUUACAGUAGCAUAUUGUCAUAGUAAAAAUGAUUUAAAUUGAAUUAGAAAUGCAGAUUAAGUUCACACAAUGAAAAAAACUUUUAUCUCAUUGUUUAUUUUAUUAUGGGGAUAAUAUGUGUUCUUAUGGUGGUCCAAAGCAAAGAUCAAAACGGUCUGCCUGGAAGAGCAUCUGGUAUAAAACCUGUGCUUUAUAAAUAUGCAUGCUAAUCACUGUACACUAAAGAACAGAGGCAAAUAGCUUGAACUAUCAUUCUGUGCACUGAAUUUGUUUACACCAAAACUAUAGUUUAAGUUCUACACUGCAAAAAUGUAAUCUGUGGCAUGUAUUAAAAUCACUUUAAUUCAGAAUAUGAAUCGGAUAAAUUAGCUAAAAGCUCAGUAAGUAAAUAUGGCUAAUCUAACCAAAACUAGUCAAAUUAAAGGUACACCAUGUAACUGGAAUGCCUGCUUUGUCAGGAAUAUUCCACAAUAUCUAGCAUUUAUUAUAAUUACCUUGAAAAACUUUCUUCUGUGAGAAGGUUCGUCUCUCCACAUAUCUAAGACGUACAAAAACUGAAAGUUUAAUGCUAUACUGUGGAACAUUCCUGGCAAAGCAGUAACAUCUCCAGGGAGACAAGCAGGAAGCAGUGCUCAAACAGUGCAUUUACAAGAUUAAUAUUUUGUACUCAAGUAAUUUCAAUACAUCUACAUCAAUACAUCUAAUUUGCAGUGUAAUCUAAAUGUUGUUUAAUAACUGAAAUCCGUUUGAAUAAGAGCCUUAUACAAAACGUCUCUUAACUGUGGUCAGCUGUUGUGAGGUGAGCUUUGAAAAAGUCUUGUGGCUCUGUCAAACCUGAACUGUACAUAAUAUGUAAUGUAAAAAUGGUUUAUCAGUGGUUCAACUUGACUAAAAAGUUUGGUGUUUGUGAAAAUCAAGUUGGUUUCUGAAUGUCCAAAAUGCAAAUCAGCUUCAUUUAAACCUGAAUGGUCCAGCAAUUGUAAUGUAUUUCAGCAGCAAAUGCUUUAGCCAAAUAUGUUGUAUUUCUUCAAAUGUAUAUGUUUAUUUAAAGGUGUAUUGCACAACUUUUCUGGUGGAGGGUCCUUUACCUGCUUGUCUCCAUGGAAUGUCAUUGCUUUCCGUGGAAUGUUACAAGGUAUGACACUAAACAUAUCCAUCUUAUUUAUUUAAUGCAGGUGUUUCUAUCGCUCAAAAAUACAAUAAUUCCUUCUUUGAAUAGGGGCGGCUCUCCACAGAUCUGAAUUGUAGUAUGGCGUAGUGCUCUAAACUACUUGUCUCCAUCUUGAUGAAUAGGUUUAAUCUAUACUGUGGAACAUUCAAGACAAAGCAAGAACCAUGGAGACAAAUAGAUAGUGGGUCCUCUGCCGGAAAAGUUGUGCAGUGUACCUUUAAGUUGUAGAUAUUUCAUUGCAAUAUAAGUUAUAUAAGGUCAGAGGGUGAUGUUAUGUAUGUAAAUAAGAACAUGGUGGCCUCAAAUCACAAAAAUGUAAUGGAUGCAAUGUGAAGAGAAAUACUAAGAAGUGUUACUGUGUUAGUAAGAUUGUCAUAGCAACCAGCAAUGCCAUGUUUAACCCAGGGCUGCCCGGCAACCAAAAUACUGUCAUUUUAUCUUUUGAGUUCUAGCUGUUUUUAAAGGUGAUGUCACAGGUCUUGUAAAAUGCAGUGGCAGUGAUUAACCACAGAUGACAGUUUAAUCCAAUCCAACUUUUUUUGUAUAGCACAUUUUACCAACAAGUCUUAGAAGUAAAAAACAUAAAUAAUACUUAAAUUAGCAAUUGAAAAAUAGAAUAUAAAACCAAUAAAAGACUCUCAUGGUGUAUUAAUAGCCAGUGAGUAAAAGUGUGUUUUUAAAAUAGACUUAAAUGAAUCAACUGAAGGGGCACACUGAAUGUGAGGGGGGUAAGCUGCACACAAAAGCAAUAUAGUAUAUAGUAAGGAUGAUGAUGAUGAUGAUGAUAUUAAGAUCCCAUGUGCAGUUUAGUCUCAAAAAAUGAAAAGUCGAUUUGUUUCAUCCCACUUAAAAUUUUCACCAAGCUGACAUUUUUCACCAAUCAGUAAAAUAUUAUGAACAGACGUAGAGACAUACAAGAUUUGAGCCACUGUUUCCUGAUACUGACCACUGCACACCCCAAAGAUGGUUACACUGGUCCACUAACAAUUUAAAAAGUUGAUAAGUGACUAUUUCUGUCAGUCGUCAUGAUGAUAUAGUUGAUUAUAUUAUAAGUACUUGCACUUUUCAUUUAAUGUUUUAAGCCAAAGUAGACAACAAUUCCAUUCAAAUGCGGUGUAUGUGAUUGUAUGCAUUUCCUACUUUUAAGUAUUCUAAGAAACACACUGUCUAAUGCCCCACCGAACUCACUAAUCACAAGAUAUAGACAUAGUUUCUUUACUUGAUUCUUAAAGACUUGAAGCUUGAACCUGACCCCACUAUAACAGCCUUUGUGUAUAUGUCCCGCAUGUGUCCAGUGUUUGCUGUAUGUAGUUCAUUCAUGAUAUUCAUGAACUUAAACUGGUAGAGGGAGAG